AUGGUCCUCUUGCGCGCCGUCCUCGCCGUCGCGGCCGCCCUGGCCCUCAACGACUCGUCUUCAACCAACGCCGCUCCUCUCUCGGCUCGUCAGCAGAGCCUCGCGACUUGCCUGCAAAGCAAGGGCUUGCAGCCUGUCACCCAGUCCUCAGGCGACUACGCGGCCGACUCGGCUGCCUACAACCAGCGCAUCCAGCCGCUUCCAGUCGCCCUCCUGUACCCGUCGUCGUCGGCCGACAUCUCGAAAGCGCUCAAGUGCGCCUCGAGCACCGGCGUCAAGGUCUCGGCUCGCGGCGGCGGCCACUCGUACGCGUCGUACGGCCUCGGCAGCGGCGAUGGAGGGUUCACGAUCGACCUGAGCCGGUUCAACAACAUCACGGUCGACUCGAAGGGCCUCGCGACCAUCGGCGGCGGGUCCCGCCUCGGCGACAUCUACCUCGCGCUCAACGACAAGGGCUGGGCCGUCGCGGCGGGCUCGUGCAACGGCGUCGGUAUCGGUGGCCAUGCUGGCUUCGGAGGUUACGGCCUUCCGAGCAGGAUGUGGGGCUUCCUGAGCGACCAGGUCGUCGGGUUCGACAUCGUCCUCGCCAACGGCACCGCCCUGAGCAACGUCACGAGCUCGUCGCACCCGGACCUGUACUGGGCGCUCAAGGGCGCCGCGCCCAACUUUGGCCUCGUCACGGCCUAUCACGUCCAGGCGCACCACGCCCCGGCCAACGUCGUCAUCGCCAAGUACACGUACUCGAACCCGUCGGUCGUCAACGCCGCGACGGCCUUCUCGUCGAUGGCCUCGUUCGGCAACACGAGCGCGCCGGCCAACCUCGCCCUGCAGGCGGUCGUCGGGCGCUCGAGCCUCGAGAUCGUCGCCGUGUGGUACGGGCCCGAAGCCGAGCUCGGCGGCGUCAUCGGCCCGCUCGAGGACGAGCUCCCGCCGAGCUACGACAAGACGGCGACGUCGUACAGCUGGCUCGGCGCCACGACCGAGCUCGCCGGCGUGUCGGACCUGAGCACGCAGGGCAAGAUGCUCCAGAGUCGCGACUCGUUCUACGCCAAGAGCCUCAUGACGCCGUCGACCAUCCCCAUCUCGAUCGACACGCUCGAGGCCUUCUUCGACUACCUGUGGACGUCCGAGGUGUCGAACCAGUGGUUCGUCGAGGCCAACCUGUGGGGCGGCUCUAACUCGGCCCUCAACGACGUCUCGCUCAACUCGUCGUCGUUCGGCUUCCGCGACAAGCACCUCGCGUUCCAGCUGUACGCGUCGUCGCCGACCUAUGGCAACCCGUACGGCGACGAGGGCAUCCCGUUCGUCAAGGGCAUGUGGUCGACCAUCGUCGACGGCAUGACCAAGAAGGGCUGGUCGACCAACUCGAGCUCGCCCGACGGCACCGCUGCCUACGUCAACUACGUCGACCCAGAGCUCACGGCCGAGGAGACUCGCGCUCAGUACUGGGGCUCGCAGUACCCGCGCCUCGCCAAGCUCAAGGCCGUCUACGACCCGACCCAGCUCAUCAACAGUCCGCAGGGCAUCGUCCCCGCUGCGUCCUGAGCGCGCUCGAGCCCCGUCCACCUCGGCCCUCGCCGCCUCCCCCUUUCCCUCCCCUCUUCGUCUUUCACUUGCACCCCUCCCCUUGCUCCCCAACCUUCGUGACCGUCCCCUCUCCCUCUGCACUCUUCGUCUUUCUCUCGCCCCCUGCCCUUGCGGCGUGUCGGCUGUCGUCGUCGACGCCGCCCUCGAGGAAGGCCUCUCGUCGUCGACUUUGUCUCCCUUCCCUUAUUUUGCGCUCUCGCACAGACACUACCUCCUCAUGUAGCGGUCCCUGUAUCACAAAGUAUCGCGUUGCACGAUUC